GUAAUUGCAUUUAUUACUCUUUUAGCGGUGCUCCAACACAACUCGAACCCUCAACUAGAGAUGCUGUGCAGGGAAUGCUCUCUAUGAGCAAGGGUGCAAUUAGAUUUUCUAGUCAAAGUUAUCCAUCAUCAGUACCCAUUCAAGCAGUACAAACUUCCUUACAAACAGAAAACUGUACAUCUGAUUUAUCUCUGCCUCAUAUGGACAGUUCUCUCGCCAAUCUCUCUAUUCUUGCCAGAAAAUCAAGCCCACCUGUAAGGAAUGCUAAAAUUACACUUGGCUUGUCAAGGUGUAACAACAAUAAUGAAGAAGAAGAUGAUUUUGAAGAGCAGUUAAAACAGUGUCAUCAAGAUGGAGAUUAUAUAUAUUUGGGUUUGGAUGCUUCAGAUGACGAAUGUCAUGUGUUUAAACCACGUGGAAGAAGUAGGCGAGAUGAACCUUGGAAUCCCAAAGCCAAAUUAGUUCCAAACUGUCCAAAACCAGAACGUCCAGUCCGUGAGGGUACUCGCAAAGAAGCCAUAGAAUGUGGUUUGGCCGCAGCAGCUGCUAAAUUAGCAACCAUGCCACCACAAAAAAGGCAGUAUUUAAAGAAAAAGCCAGUCACGAAGAACAAAGUGGUAACCCAAGAUCAACAAGCAGGUCCAUCAAACCCUCUUUGGAAUGGCAACAAGCGCCAUCUUCCUGUAGAGCCACCAAAAGUGAACAAAAAGCCGAAGAAAGGUUUUGCCACUGCUAAACAAAGACUUGGGAAAAUUCUAAAAAUACAUAAAAUGCUGUAUUAAGAGUUGUGCAUAGAUAUCUAUUCAUCAAACCUUAUGUUUCUGUAUGGUUUUGAAUUGUAAAUACCCUAUUGUACAUAUUCUUCUACACUACAGUUUUCUGUAAGGAAGAUAUACUUGAUCAUUUUUUAAUCUGGAUCUUUGUACAUUAAUGGUUUGUUUAAAUUUGUAGAGUUGAUAUAUUUUUGCAUAUAGAAAUGUUAAGUUGCUGAAAAUUUCAACGUUAUCAUUAUUAAAUGUGUCUAAUCUACAUAUGAUGCAAUUGCAGUUUAAAUAAUUUUUUUUUCAGUCCCCCUCCAACAUAAAUGUUUCAGAUUAAAUUUUUUAUAAUUGAUUUCUUAUCAUAAGAUACAUUUUCCUUUUUUUAAUGAAAUAUUGAAAUUUUCAGCUUUAGUUUAAUUUAUUGAAGCUGUUUUAGCUAAUCUAAGACCUUGUUUCUGUUAUUUUGAACAUUCCUGUGUUUAGUUUUAUAAAUCCUCAUAAACGAGCAUUUGAGAUUUUUAAUCAAACAGAUAUGUUUUUAUCUGAAGUAAAUGUUAAAAAAUAUGUUUUACAUAUUAUAAUGCUCUUAGAUUAUGAAAGAAUUAAACAUAAUAUUUCAAAAAUUUUAUAAUAUGAUUGUUAACAACUUAUUUGUAGUUUUAGUUUAUUUUCCUGUUAAUUUUCUUGCAUGUGGUUUGUCAUCAUGCAUAUAAACUUUUUAUGAAGGUAUUGAUGAAGAGAUUUUGUAUUCAAUUAUGUCAGUGUGUUGUGUUUUGUCUCCAUUUUACCUUGGGGUAUUUUGAAAAAACUGUGAUACGAACUUUCAUAAUUAAUUUCAUUGAAAUAGCACAAAACUUCAAUGUGCAAAUUUGUGAGUACGUUAUUUUAACUGCCUGUAAAUAUGUUUUCAUUGUAUAUGACAUGUUUUUGUACAUAUUUUCUUGUAUUUGAUAGAAAAAUACAAUGAUUUUCUUGUACAAUUGAAAAUUUAUUUCUGUACCAUUUUGUUAAUCAUUAAGAAGUUUUGAGAAUGAAAAUUUUCAUUGCUAAUUUUUACUGUGGUGUUCAUGUACAUAUAAUGCAUAUAAUUUCAUAUUAUGCAUUGUAAUUACCACUGAUGCAGCAUUCUACUCAAUAUACAAAAUAUUUUCACAAUAUAUAUUUUGGUAUUUCAAAAGUGUAUCACAUAUAUCAGCAAAAUGUACAUUACCAUCAUAUGAGUAAUUCUUGAAAUGUGUGAUCAAUUAAAAUCAAAUUUAUACUCAAUGUUGUUUGAUUUGGUUGUCUUCAAAAAAUAUAUACUUAAUAUCGACUGAAAUUUUUAAAGAUCUUGUACUGUAGUUAUAAAAUUCUGUUUUAUUACUUUAUGUGUACAUAUAUGUAUUUUAAAAUGCUAUUCACAUUCAGAAAUUUCUUUUUUGUCUUUGUGAGUUUUUAUGUGUGUAGAUAUACACAUUUAAUUAAAUAAGAAACACUUCAUAAAUCAACUUUUAUGUCCAUGCAUUAAAAGAAAAUUGUAUAACUCAGAGGGCCAAAUGUUUGAAUUUGAAUCAUUUCCUUGUGUCGGCUGUGAGAUUGAGUUUUCAAAAUUUAAUUUGAAAAAUGUCUUCAUUUAAAUGAAGUUGAAAUUACUUCAUAUAAAUAUUCAUGGUGGUCUGCAAUUUUACUCUUGAACUCAAGAUUGAAUACAUAAUUAUAUGUACAAAAUUCAUAAAAGGAUAUCAACUUUCUGUAUUAAGGCAGAUUAUUACUAAUAAAUGUGAGGAGAAAAUAAAAUUUAUCCAACAUUUUA